CCAGGCAGCCACCAAGGCGUCUUUAUUUUUCGUUAAAUUAAUUGACAUGUUCCCCGAGCAAUUCAUAGGAGAUCAAGAGUAACAACGAAUCCGAUCAGGUUGCUACUGGCGAAUUAAUGUCACAGACGCAUCUUCUCGUUUCGCCUUUUUGAUUAAAUGUCAACGCCCUUUUGGUACCAACCGCAAAGCGGCAAUCUUACUGUACAAGCAACGCAUUCUAAUCGUUUUAUAUAUAAUUCAAUGAUCUUUCACUUUAUUGUUAUAAAUCUAUACGAGACUCGGUGUAUGUGAAAAUAUGUUUUAAUAAAAGUUUAUUGAAAAGACAUCCUUGAUGAUAUUCUUGAAGGCUAUCGUGCAAAGAACGAUUGGUGGUGUUCUUAGAACCGAUGGACGUGUCCAAUCAACAGGGGUAACACAAGCAAAUGAAAUGUUUGAUAUAAUAGAAAUAUUUUAUAGAACAUAAUAUUAUCAAAUUUCGUUUUCAUUACGUAUUGUCUUUUAUUUAUAAUUUCAUUAGUAGCCGCGUAACGUUUGACCGUGUAUUUAAAUAAAAUAAUAUUUAAAACAAAAUUGAAUGAAUGAAUUAAAUGAUGUACCAAAAAUAACACUAUCAGUACUUAUUCAGCAACGUGCGCGCUGACUUUUCCAAACAAGUUGUCAUAGUAGCGACUUUCUACCGGUUGUUGAAAUUGUAAAUCUUCAGUCUCAAUACACUUUCAUAAACAUUAUGUUAUUUAAAUAACACAAUUGGAAAAUAUACAUAAAUAUCGAACGUUUUCAUUGAGCAAGAAUGUUAUUCUAUUCGUUUUUUAAGUCCCUGGUUGGCAAGGACGUUGUUGUAGAAUUAAAAAAUGAUCUCAGCAUUUGCGGUACUUUACACUCUGUCGAUCAGUAUCUAAAUAUAAAAUUAACAGAUAUAAGUGUAACUGAUCCAGAUAAAUAUCCUCACAUGUUGUCAGUAAAAAAUUGUUUCAUUCGAGGAUCGGUGGUUCGUUAUGUACAAUUACCAGGAGAUGAAGUGGAUACCCAAUUGCUACAAGAUGCUGCACGCAAAGAAGCAGCAGUUCCAGCAAGAUAGUUUAUAGAGUUCUUAGGUUUAAAGGAAUCAUUGAUUUAUUUAUUAUGAAAAUUCAUAAAAAGGCAUAAUAAGUAUGUAAAUUGAAUUUCAAUAUAAAUAUUAAAGUACAUCAUUUUUAAAUUUGCAAAA